AUGCACACAGUGGAGGUCGUGGUUUCUCUCCUGUUAGUCGUGAUCAUCGUGGUGUCGUUGCUGUCCAACGUUGUGGUGCUGAUUUGCUUUCUGUAUAACGCGGAGAUUCGUAAACAGGUGCCGGGCUUGUUCAUCCUCAACCUCACCUUCUGCAACCUGCUGCUCACAGUGUCCAACAUGCCCCUGACUCUUGGAGGACUCAUUUACAAGGGUCACCCGGGCGGGCACGGAUUUUGUCAGAUAGUGGGGUUCCUGGACACCUUUCUGACCACUAACUCGAUGCUGAGCAUGGCUGCUCUGAGCAUAGACCGGUGGGUGGCUGUGGUUUUCCCGCUUAGCUACCACUCCAGGAUCCGGCAUCGGGACGCCGUGAUGGCUCUCGGCUACACGUGGAUUCACUCGCUGUCCUUCUCUGUAGUAGCGUCGUGCCUCUCCUGGGUGGGAUACCAUCAACUCUAUGCCUCGUGCACCCUGUGCAACACCCGAGCGAGCGGCAUGAGGACUCAAUUUGUCAUCUACACGCUUGUUUUACACUCGGUCACGUUCCUGUUGUCUCUGGUCGUGCUCUGCGUAACGUAUCUCAAAGUGCUGAAAGUGGCGAGGUUUCACUGCAAACGCAUUGAUGUGAUCACCAUGCAGACGCUGGUGCUGCUUGUGGAUAUCCACCCGAGCGUCAGGCAGCGGUGUCUGGAGGAGCAGAAGAGGCGCAGGCAGAGGGCCACGAGGAAGAUCAGCACCUUCAUCGGCACGUUCGUGGUCUGCUUCACCCCCUAUGUCAUCACCAGGGUGAUGGAGCUGUUUGAGUGGUUUCCCAUCAGCCCUCACUGGGGCGUGGUGUGCAAGUGUCUGGCCUACAGCAAGGCGGCGUGCGACCCCUUCGUCUACUCCCUCCUGCGCCACCAGUACCGGAAGACCUGCCGCGACAUCCUGAACCGCCUGCUGCUGCGGAGACGCUCCCUCGCCACGCGCAGGCUGGAGAACGGCAGAGCCCGCAAGAGAGAGAAGGAGGACAGGACCAGAGAGGAGGAGAUGAAGGAGAAGGCCGAGGAGAAAGAGGAGACGGGAGAGACGGAGAGGAAAGCCAGGACGACGACAAAGAGCAAAACCAGGGAACUGAGUGGCACUACAAAAGGAACAGGGUAA